CGGCAGCGGCGGCUCAGUCUCGUUCGAGCUACCGUUGUGUGUGGGUGUUUUAUGUCGUUUGUUGCGCUCCCAUGACGGUGAGUGCAAGUAGUGUUGCGAAUCGUGAGAGUCAAGUGUGAACCGUAAUAAUAUUGUGAACAAUCGUUUGAAAUUGUGACUCUGUCUGGUGGUAAUAGCGCGACACGCCAAAAUCGAUGGGGGAUGAUGUUCGAUGGAGAGAAAGAUUUAUUGUUUCGCAAGAUCGGGGAACGGCGACGCGAGGUAGUGGCUUGUCGCGUCGUUUGUCGACGUUAAGGUCGGGAAAAAUGGCGUAAAAGCGUCGACGGCCACUUAGUAUGUUAAUGCGAGGCGCGGCUCGUACGUGGCUGCAGGACUAUUAUUGAUGAUCCCGACAGCGGAGAAGCGAAGCCGUAAAACCAAGAGUGGGACCUGUGUGUAAAUAGCCGGUGUAAAGCGAGGCUGUAAUAAUUGUCCCGUGGACCGUCCCGGCGAGCGGCGUGCAGUGAUCAUCUACGAGAAUUCGUUCGGUUCUUAACACGCUUCGAGGUAAGAUUGGACGACCAUUCGUAAACGAGAUUCGGUCGGUUGCAGAAGUCCAGUUUUCACCGUAAAAUGGAGCGCUCGAGUAGACGUGCUCGGAAAUAACGCAGCCGGUUUCGCGGCCAAUCGUGAAAAGGGGUCCUCUAUCCACUUGGGCAUUUUCGACAAGGGGCCGCUCCGUUAGCCGGCACUCGUGUGCAACAUGUUCGGGACGAAAUUGCGCACAUGGAUGGAGGCACACAUCGUGCGAUCGAAAAAGAAGAAGGAUCGAAAGAAGGGCGACAAGGGAUUCGACUCGAACUGUAACUCCCCCAGGAGCCACAGCGCCAAUAGAUCGCCCGCUUUGCACCAGGUACACCCGGUGGACUCACCGACGAAGAACGUCGACGGUAUCCGAUUGCACGGUGGCGGUUACAGCACGACCGUGACUACAUCGUCCGGCACUUCCGGAGGUACCGCCGGAAGCGUGAGCCUCUCGUCGCCGGAGAGCGCGUACUCGACCGGCUACUCGACCGACGGCACCUCGCCGGGUACCAGUUUUCCACCCGAGUACUACAUCAACAUCAGAACAGGCACCCACUAUUUCCAGAGCAGCGGCAGCAGUGGUACUGCCACUACCAUCAACAACAACAACAGCAGCAACAAUAACAGCAAGAGUAGAAUAAAAAGGCCGUCGGGCAACGCCGGGGGCUUGUCUUUGGCCGGCACCCCCGCAUUGGGAAAUGGAAGAAUUCAGGAUAGGGGAAAGUCAUCCGCCAGCACGACAAACAUGACUAGAGACAACGGUCAACCAGAAGUUCGAACCAGCACUCUACACAAGAGCGCAGAAACACCGACGAAUAAUGGUCAGAGGCAACAGCAACAACAGCAGAGACAACAGGAGAACUCUCAUCGUAGGACGGAGUCUUACUCCGCCGAUUCGAGGAAUAGCUUACCUGUACCAUCGUCGAUCCCGCCACCGUUGGUCUCACCAUCGGUACAAUCGCCCCGCGAACGUUCUCGCAUCCGGACAAAUCCAUGGUUGUCAGCAAACUCAUCCGGUUCUAGCAAUGGUUUGAAGUCGCGGCUUGCCCUAGACGAAAGCAGUAGCAGCUCUGGUUUGAAACUUACGGAGUCGUCUGGUAGUGCCAGUGACGUUAAUCUAAAUGGCAGAGAACUUCAAAACAGGAAGGAGUAUCGUCAGGAGAGUCUCAGCGCUGGUCGAAGUCCAAUCAAUCAAAAUUGGAGACUGAUAUCAGGCAUGGACCUACGACCAAAGAUACCGCUGCAGCGACGAGCAAGCAGCAGUAGCUCCUCAGCAUCCUCGAUGACGCGUAGUGUGCGUUCAUCCGAAGAUGAUGUCACAUUGAACGAAAUGAUGGGGAAGUUUGACGAGAGCUACGUGUAUGAAAAAGAGACUGACAUUCUGUCGGACAGCGAUCCGACCGACUGCGAGGACUACAUCGACUCGCUGUCGGAUAUUGAUACUGGUCAGGAUGGUGGCGAUGAGAAUGAUCCGUUCGAAAACGAUGAGCUCGACUACAUCGACAACGGUUCAUUCCUCGAUCUGGACAGUGUCGAGUGCGGCGGUGAUCACUUUCCCAACACCGGUCACUGCACUUACUUCGCCUUUACCAGUGAGUUAAGUCGACGCGGCAGCAGGCUCCGCGAAUCCUUCCUCAAGCGCAGAAACAAGGAUGAGAUUAUUUCUCAGAAGACUACGAACGCAAGGAAGCAGAGUACGCGGCACAAAAAACUAGACGGAGAUCAUAAGCAGAGCGAGAAACGCAAGAAGAGAAUGUCGCAGCGUCGCAAGCCCAACCUGGAUUGCUGCGACGACGAGAUGGCGAAUAUGAAUCGUGUGCUGGUCGAGAGGAUACUCCUAAAGAAUUCAGGAUUCAAUCAAGGCAGCAGGAGUGUAGGUGGUACGCCAAUGUGCCUGCGACGUAAAAAGCACGACGUCAAUAAGAAUCUCUCGCCGAUGAGAUUGAACGGCAACCCGUCGGCUGUCAGACCUACCAUGGUUGACAAUGAAAUCGUGAAGAGACGGUCGAACUCGAUAAGUUAUGUGAACGGCAAUAUAGUACGACGCCACAUAACCGGCAACACGUACAUGACCACGUUCGCGUCGGAAAUCGCACUGAUUGAGGCUGACAAGGAGGCUGAUCGCAAGUAUCGCGAGCUCAUUCUCGAAGCGGAGAAUCUCUUGGUGAGCAUGCAGAAGUAUCAGAAUUCAUCACCGUGCGUGCCGUCGCCGUCGCGCAAACUGCACAACGGCUUGGCAAAUAAGCGCGUCGAACUCAUCAAGAACACGGAAUUGAACAUCGAGCUGGCGUUAUCGAAGAGCCGUAAUUCUCAGCCGGAAUUGCAGAGCGGCAGUAUUAAGGAUUUAGAGCACACCAGUCCCAAACGGCAGUUUACUCAACAACCGUGUUCACCGAUUCAUCGAUUCCUCGAAAGAAACUCGUCGGCUGGAUUCGCGCCAAAGGAGCCUCCUUCCAUUUAUCGGCAACCCGAGAUGUCCAAGUGCUCGGACUCGCCGGUCAUGCCACGCAGGACAACGCCUCAUGGUUCGCCCAGCAGGAGCUUAAUACAUCAUCAAGUGCAUCGGGCACGCAAUGGUGACCUCGACACUAAGGAGUGUAGCGGAAUGCUUCAGCUUGCUAUGAAUUGCAAUGGAGAUUUAAGAUCAGAUCCGGUGGACAACCCUUUUGGAGAUAAAGCCCAGUCAAACGUGACACAGUCGCAGAGCUCUCUCGCCGCAGGAAGAAAGGAAUUUUCUUGCGAAACGAGAGACAACCUGCCGACGAAGGAAGAGGGAGUAACGUCCAGCUCAUCGGAUUCCGAUGAGAAGUGCGACGUGAGACGGAGAGCUCCGUUGAUGACUUUUAGGUCAGUCGAUAUGGGUCCUAUUAAGGAAGCCUCUUCCUACUGUCCACAAAGCGAGCCAGUGAAAAGAAAAGUAUAUGCCGGAAGCGCGACAUACGGUAGGAUACAGAAAACAUUGGGCGAACAUAUAAUGUUGAGAAAUUCUGAUGGCGAUACGGCAGCUGAUGAUACAGAUGACUCGAGGAGAUCCCUAAAAGAGAAAGUGGUACAACUGCGACAGGAGCGGUUGGCGGCUGAGGCGGCGAACGCGAAUAAUGCCCAGGAUUCACAGUUCUUCCAACAGCAGCUGUCUCAGUUACGACGGCAGAUGCUGAUGCAGACGAUAGAAGGUCUGAAACGCAGUCUCGAGGAUCAAUCGGCCACCCUAAAGCAGACCUGUUUGGAGUCGAUGAAUCUGUUGUCCGACGAGUUACCCUGAAGUUACUCUCUCUCCGGUCUGCUGUGUCGCCCGACUGACGAAUUUACGACCCGUUUCUUGCAAGGAGAACUGGAUAGGAUCGAAGUCGCGUGUCCUGUCUUUGGCGAAUCCGCGAUUGGUCGAACCGUCGCGCGCUGCGAGUAUUGAUCAGGCGCGAUUUCUCCAUGCGCACCCAAUACCGAAUGACAAUGCUGUGACCCUCUCGAUGAGGUCGGCUAAAUGCGGCCACGCAUAUCAAAUCUCUAUUUUUCUGUCUGUCUACAUGGUGUAAGAAAGAAAGGGAGAGCGAGAAAGAGAAUCGAAAUUGAGAGUGUCGCGUAUCCUCGCUGGGCAUUGUUCCACUCUAUUGCUUCAUGUAAUAAUACUUUUUAUUUCGAAUUUUUAUUUCGUUAAUUAAUUUGUAAUCUCGCGAAUAGGCCAAACUCCUCGGUUGCUGUUAGAUUAGUUUUCUGCUAGCUUAACUCGCUUCUCGUUCGACUUUUAUCAUUGCUCUGAAAUCUCUGUUCCGAGUGGUAGCAGACGGGAGACUUACGCUGAAUCGCUGAACAUCUUAGAUUUAUUCCAGAACGCUAACGUGGUAUUAUUCAUAAUCAACAUUGUCAAGAGUAAUUAUAUAUAUAGUAUCAAUUAAUAUUAUUACUACUAUAUUAGAUAUAUUAUCACGUAAUAAACAUUUUUCAAAUGAAUACAACAAAGCAUAUAAUAAUAUCGACUAUUAGCAUCUUAUUACAAAAUUGGCGAUAGCAACCAAAAAAAAUAAUAAAAAAAUAAAAAUAGUGUGCACUAGUUUAAAAUUGCAGUAAGCUCUCUAACAACCCGUUAGUGUUUUUGGAAUGAGUUUUCGAUAACUUGACAUCUAAUUCACGGGCCUUUUCACGGGUAUCUGUUUUUGAUAUGCUUUAGAAAAACGUAAUAAAAAAAGCGUAGUCAAUCGUGGAUGAGUAAUAUACCAGUAUCAAAAAGUAUAGAUAUUUAGCCAUUUAAUGAAUUUAGAGAAUCAUGAAUUUAGCCAAUUACACUAGCAAAUAGACGAUUCGAAACGUAUAUAAUCGAUUUAGGCAUUAGAAAAUUACUGAAUGAUAUCUGCCCAAUGAAUACGGCCCAGUUGUGGAAUCGAGACGAUCGGGAAGGGAUAACGCCGACUAUUACGUCGGCCAUGUUACGUCGACUGUUUGAACCUCAUCGAGACAAAUAAUAAAUUCCUUCUUAAGGGCUUUUUAAGCAAGAUAUAUAUGUCUAAUCGCCUCCAUGACAACUACUCUAAUUUUAUAUAUGUAUAUUUCGUACAGAUAAAAAUUGAGAUUUAAACGGUUAAAUAGACGGCAAACUAGACGUACAUGACGUGAAUUGUUACGAAAUGAAAAUGAAAGCUUAUACGUUUCAAAUCAAAAUGCUAGGAUUUUCCCUUUCCGAUGCUCUCGGCUUCUGCAACUUGAUCUUUCGCAAAGUGUGACAUGUUGCAUUAUACAUCAAAUUGCAGCAUUAUAUACACAUCUUUCCAUUUUAAACUGAAUUGGAAUUGGACGGUAAUUAUUAAAGUAAACUGUGAAGUUUUUCCAUCUUUCAUACGUGUCCCAGUGAAAAAGCCAUGCUUUCCUACUUCACGAUCAUGUGCGCGAUGUCUGAAAAGCUUAUGAACGUCACUUCUUAUGCUUAUGAUCGUCGAUACUCUGGACGACUGGUCUCUGAAAUAUUGAUACCGACAUCUCGAUCGAAUCAUUUUACGCACAGAGAACGAAGGUUGCUCAUAAUUGUAUCUCAUCGCGAGGGGAUCCCGUAACGUAACUAGUUAGCUUACACAUAUUAUUUGUAAUGUUCCUAUUUCAAUGCGAUAUUCCCUGAAAGUGAGAUCUUUCCCGUUGAAUGAUCAUCUCUGUUUCUGGAUAGAGUAAGCGUCUCUUUCCCAGAUUAGUAUACCAAAGAUGAUAGCUUAGGCUAAACAGUAGAUUAGAGCCGUUUAACCGAUCAAAAGCAUCAGCGAUUGCAUUGCAUAUUCGUAAUAUUAAAGAAUCAUGUUUAAAACACGUUUAUAGAGUUUCGAUUUGUUAGUAGAAUAAUUAUUCGAGUUACAUCAAGCGGAUUACAAAUUUUCCAUGUGAGCCAGAGUCAAGUACAUUCCAAUGUCCAGUAGUAACACAUUUACGUGUCUAUUAUGGCCUUUCCCGAUAUAAUCUUGAUAUUUUUUAAGUGAUCAAAUGGGUACAGCCAAUCCUUAUUUCAAAUGCCUUAUUUAAAAUUUAAAUAACUGUAAAGUGGUUUUCUCGCAAUUGUUAAUUGACUCUGGUUACAUCAUCGAUACGAUACUUUCGGUCAUAGUGAUAUUUCUUGGUUGGAAAAUAGACUGAUAGCGUUAUCGAUUGUUAGAUUAAAAAUUUUUAGUGAUUAUUUACAUGUGAUUUAUAUAUUAAAGAAUCUCGGAGAACGGGGGAUUGUAAUACGCACACGAUGUAUUUAUUUGUGUUAGACAUUAGGAAGCAUAGUAACUGAAAGCAUUAGAUAAAUACAGCUGCAGUAGUAGUAGUGCAUUAGGCAAUCGUCGAGUAAACGAAAAGUCACAUUGCGUUUCCCUUCGUUUUCUUCCAGUCGCGUUUGUGAUUAAUUUUCUUAUGUGUUCACGAGGACGCGUUCCCUUUCGAGGAGCGCGAUUUCUGUUCAUGACUCAUCGUGGAGAGAAAUUGCGCGAGUUACUUCGAUCACAAUCGAAAGUCUCACGCGGUACACUAACUGUCGUUAAGUGAGAAAGUUGUUCGAAGAGUUUUAUACGUGGAAAAAAAAGAGAAAUACUGUGUACAUAACAUAAUUUUUAAUCUGUUUUAAUUUUGUAAGCGUAAAACAAAUUAAUAUAUCAUUGUCAUACGUUCGACGCGAUCACACACACACACACACACACCGACAUUCCAAUACGGUUUACGUUGAUAAGGCAGUUGCCUGAAUUGAUUUGUAAAUUGACACAGUCUCGACAGAUCUUACGUUGUUUAACGCGAAGCAACAUUAAUCACUCGACUUUUUAUAUAGAAUAUAUUUCGGCAACUGCGAAUGUGAUUGAAGAAAAAGUGGAAUUAUUGUUGCAAGCAACAUCUCUUGUGCAUUAAACCAUUUAUGGAGUAAAAUGGUUUUUUUUUUAUAUGAUUAUGAAUAAAUUAUAUUAUGUCGUUG